CAUCUCUAUGUGGCAAGCCAAAGCUUUGCAUCUGGCUCCAAAGAAAACCACUUCACCCCCAAAAAUCUGUGCUCGCCGCAAGCGCUGUUCAGUUUUUAACCGACUUUCGUGCAAAAUCCACGCGUCACGGCUCCGGUUCCGUACUACGAUUUUCCGAUUUCCCAAAGCGGCGCGUAUACAUACACAAACAAACAGAAGCAACAAACGGCGGCGAAUUUCCCAGGUGUCUGGAAUUAUGAGUUAAAGCAAAACAAAUACAAAUAUACAGAAUUAUAAAAGGCACACCAGAGCUCAAACGCAUUCUUUUUUUUGUCUGAUUUGAGACAAAUUUCAAAAUCAAUAAAAUAAGACAAACCUCCCCGCCCCGCCGACGCGUGUGUGAGUGAGAUACAUAGUUACGGCCGCAUCGCAACGCGCAGCAUCCGCACGCAUCCAAAAAUUGCAGCAGAAAAGCCGGAUUAGUGCAUUCGCCGUGCCACUGGAAACUGGAACGCCAAUCCGUGAGAUAUUUCGAUUUCCAAGCCCAAUCCCUACGAGGCUUUCGUGUUUAACCGUUCCUCCAAGCGUUGCGGGGCCCACCACACACACCCAAGCUUAGUGCCCCACACACACACAGACACCCCAAAAGAACAAUCGAGGGGCAGCAUAAUGGUGGAGUUCCGCUUCGAUAUCAAGCCGCUGUUCUCACAGCCCAUCAUCAAGGUGACAUCCAAUCUCCUGCCGCACACCUUCCGCGGCGAUCGGCGUCAGAGUUUAGAUGCCACCACCAAGAUGUCGGAGAUCAUCGACCGGCUGGGGCAGCUGUCGGCCACCUCGCAGGGACUCAGCAAGCCGGUGACCACGGCCCAGCGCCUGAGGAUGUCCGACAACCAGACCAUCUAUCUGCUGGCAGAUAGUGAAGCGGGUCACAAUGGCGCUGUCUUAGGUCUGCUAAAGGUGGGCACCAAGGAUCUCUACUUGUUCGACGAAACCGGGCAGACGCGCAAGGUGGAGCAGGCUCCAUCCAUUUUGGACUUCUAUGUGCAUGAGUCCCGUCAACGUGCCGGACUGGGCAAGCGUCUCUUUCAGACGAUGCUCAAUGAGGAGCAGUGGACGCCACUCAAGUGCUCGGUGGAUCGGCCGUCGGAAAAGCUACUGGCAUUCCUCAGCAAGCAUUACGGUUUACAGCGAGUCAUACCGCAGGCAAACAAUUUUGUGCUCUACGAGGGAUUCUUUAACGAUGCGGCAUCGGCAAAUGGACAUGGUAACGCCCAUGACCACGCCCAGUCGCCGCAGCGCACCCAGAAUGGCCUGCACAUCACAAACAGUCCUAACACACAGCUCUUUGGUGCUACUUACCUGGGCGAGGAUUCUAACCGGCGGCGUGGUUCCCAGCAGCAGACUACACCGAAUGCACUGCUCCAGCAGAUAACGCAGAUCUCUCCGACCGGACGAUAUGGGGCAAAACGUCCCACCUGCAGCAUGGCCGAGAUAAUUCAUGCUGGCAACUCGAAGGGCGGAAAAGGAAAUGGCAGUGCAGAAACCAACAGUGGUAAUCACGAUAUUGCAGAGAUUGCCGAGCAACUGCAGCGGCAAGGCCUGGCCGACUUGGAAGCCAGCAGCUAUGAGCCGGAGCCAGAAGUUGAACCGGAGGUUGAGCCGGAACCCGAACCCGAACCGGAGGUGAUUACGCCCCCAUCACCGCCACCAAAGAGCCACACUCCGACUCCACCAUCCGUGCGAUCUCCCGAGGUGGCCGAGAGCAUUGUGGGCGACAACCGGAGACCCCCGGCUUUCCAGCUGAGCAAGCAGCACACGGGCAUGAAGAAUCGCUCCUUUGGCGUCGGUAUGGCCGUGAUGCCCAGCAGUAAGAUGGAGUUCGAUCAGAUGGAGCGCGAAGAUUUCGGCGUAGUGAAGAUCAACCGUCCGCCCGGUCAUGAAGUCACCUCGCCGGGCCAGGACAAUACGGAUGCCAUGUCCACCGUGUCCUCCGGCGGCGGUGGCGGCCUCACCGAUCAGGGCUACUACGAUCUAAAGUUCUAUCACAAUAAAUUGUGGUAAAGAUCACAAAUCAGAAACCACGCAAUAUUUGCUAACAUCUUUUGUACGUGUGGCAUAAGCAUAAUUAAACAAAAUUAAUCUAGUCUGUAAGAUUGUAUUGUCUAAUCAAAAUAACACACCAAACGGUUCCUGUACUUCAGUUCGAUUAUUUCGAUUUCGUUGUGAGCUUCUUCUCAGACUUUUUGUUGAUUUGUUCAUUUGUUACAAGCCACGCACUCCAAAGAGCAUACGUAACCUAGAGCCUCACAAAUAAACGUUAACAAUAGCAAAUUUAAUUGUACGUAGAGUAAUUGCCGGCGGUACUGAGCUAGAUAAUUUACAACACAUACUCGACGUUGGUUGAAAAGAUCAUUUAUUAAUCAUUUCGCUUUGUACUGUGGAUUCUCAAGACCCUCUUAAUGUUAUCCAGCCCGUGUGUAUCUUCCAAUUACAGAAAUCGCGAAUAUUUCGAACAAAUCUAUGGCGAGUACAUGCUAUAGGGAUAGCGCCAGUUGGCCAGAAAACAUCUUCAUAACUAUAAUCAACAUUUCUUAAAACAUUGUCUAACAUUUAGUUGAUAGAACAAAACCCCCAAAAUGCAAAUAGAUUAAAGAUGAAAAUAUACAAAUAAAGCACAAA